CACUCACACCAACCAACUCACAAUGUCCAAGACGAAAACUGAAACCAAGAAAGCAGAUAAGAGUGCCGGUCGAAAAAAGCCGUCGAAAUCGGCCAGUCCCAACAAUUCGAAUAACAAGAAGCUCAAAGAACAUGAGGCAGCAGAACCCGCCUCCGAUAUCAAGGCUCCUACCGGAUCUAAGCCGGAUGUUUCAUCGGAAGUCUCUUCAUCCAAGUCAAAGUCGACAAAGCCGGUCAAAAGCGCACUGAAGAAGUCAGACUCCCACACCGAGAAGCUCCCCAAUUCACUCAAGAAAAAGUCUUCCAAAGUACAGAUUAAAGAGUCUUCAGAGUUCGCUAGCAUUUCGAAAGAAACAAAACCCUCCACUCCCAAAACCAAGUCCACCAAGUCACCGGUCCGUGUUGAACAGCAAGUCACAGAAGAUCUUGAGGACGCAUCUCUACUCACGGGCUUCGAAAUCGAAUCGGCUGAGGGUGAUGACGAUAGCUCUGAUGAUGAUGAUGACGAGGAAUCACUCCCUGAGACAUCCGCGUUCGACCUGAAGGAUCUUCCCAAGGCCAGCAAGCGGCAAAAGUCAUGCGGGAAGGGGGAUGAUGCAUCGAUCGACAAUACUGGUGUGGUCUACCUGGGUCGGAUCCCACACGGUUUCCACGAAGAGGAAAUGAAAGGAUAUUUCAGUCAAUUCGGGGAGAUACGACGGGUCCGACUUUCACGUAAUCGCCGGACGGGCAAGUCUAAGCAUUAUGGUUUCAUUGAAUUCAAACAUAAAGAGGUGGCAGAGAUCGUGGCAGAGACACUACACAAUUAUCUCUUGUGUGGCAAUAUGCUUCAAUGUCAACUCUUGGAGAAGGAUGAGAUUCACCCGAGGUUGUGGCUCGGAAAUAAUCGCAAGUUCAGAAAAGAUUGGAAGCCACGGGUCGCAAGAGAAAAGCAUAACCAGCCAAAAUCCGAGGAACAGCAGCGUGUAAUUACAGACCGUUUGAUUGAACGAGAAACUUUGAAGCGUAAACGUUUGGAGACCCUAGGUAUCUCUUACGACUACCCUGGCUAUUGUUCAUCCAAGGACUCCUCAAAACCCGCCAAGUCUAUCGAUAAGCCAGAGGCAAGUGCUACGAAAACUACGACUUCCACACAGGACUCCUCAGACAAAAGUAAAACUGAAGGAGUUGAAACGAUAUCGAUGCCAAAAUCAAAGAAUCAGCCAAAGAAGAAGAAAGCUCGCAAGUCUACCUGAGCGGCCAUUUUCAUUUCUUAUUACCACCCACAUAGAUAAUGAUAUGAUCAAUUGCGUUAUUUCAACGAUAUCUCGCAUAAUGUUCGAUGUAGUGAGGGGAGGGCUCCGUUUGCAUUGCUCGCAUGUACCUCUUGAAGCCUUCUUCACCCCUCAAUCUUCCUUGUUCUGAUGUUCCGACUCCCAAUGUAUGAUUCUAGUGAAUCAUGGAUCUGUAUAUACUAUAAGCGUACCAUACUACAAGCCCCAGACCC